UCUCGGCCUUUUGGCUAAGAUCAAGUGUUAAACCGACGUUCAGCCGACAAGAACAACGCCCCGGCGCCGCGCGUUCCGUCGUGGUAGCCAGGGCUACAUCUAGCCAUCCAGCUCCUCCAGGAUGGCGUUCCGAGAACCCCCACCCAAGGCGCACUGCUUCACCUUCAACGCGCCAACGGGCAGCAGCGCCGAUGAAAUCAUCGACGCCAUCGAAGAAACCGUAGGGCCGGGAGGCCUUGAGACCCUCCAACACCAGGGAGGAGUAAAGUUCAUCGCAGCUGUCGCGUCCGCAGCAGCCGCCGUAAAACUAUCGUCCCGGGGCUCCUUCGUUCUGAACGGCGCCUCGGUCCCAGUCGCUCAAGUCGGACCACGAGUCCUCUACAUUUCUGCCUUCCGAGUUCCCCCGUACGUGGGAGACGCCACACUCGCAGCCGCCCUGUCUACGUAUGGAAAAGUUCUCGCAAUUCAAGAAUCGCAGUUCAAAGGAAGACCGACAGUCGGUACCGGCGUAAGGGUCAUUCGAAUGGAAAUGGCGAAGCCCGUACCAAACUUCCUGUCCGUUCAAGGCCACCGCAUCAUGUUUGACUACCGAGGAAUUCGCAAGGUGUGCUCAAGGUGUGGAGCAGAGGGCCACCUUGGGAAGACAUGUGAAACGCCACGUUGCGAACGCUGCGAAGUCUACGGUCACGAGACUGCCAAGUGCACGUCCCCGUGUCGCCGCUGUUCCGGGAACCACGUCACAGCGGAUUGUUUCCUGCCCAGGUCCUACGCUGCUGCAGCCGCAAGCGCCAACAUCCCCGCCAGUAUCGAAGACAACCACGGCCAGCCAGAUCAAGACGAAGUACAAACGCCGCUAGAAGGGCCACGCCACAGUGAACUCUCCGAAACCGCGUCUCGCUCUGAAUCUUCAGACAGCUCGGAAGACGAAGAUUUCCCACCGCUACCCUCUACUGAAAGGAGCACCACCGAAGUCAGCGCAUCAGAGACAGACUCCAGCAAGACGACCUCUCCUUCGGAGCACGAAACAGACGCAGCAGAUUCCGCAACGCGCGAAAGCGUUGCCGUCAACGAGCCCACCGACGAGCCGCGUCCUUCGGUUGACCGAAGACUCCACCCCCAGCCCGAACAGACGCCGUCACCUGGCACCGGACGUGAAACCGGACUCGCUCAAGCCAGGGGAUACCAAGUGCCUCGAACAACGGACGCAUCGUUGAUGAACCCAGUAAGUCAAGUAACCGACCUGCUUCUUAAGACAGAAGCAAUGGACACUGAUAAACCAGAUAUAAAGCGAACACGCGAAGCAGAAACGGACUCGAGCGGUUCGCAGAAAAAUGGUAGAUCUAAGAUUCCAAAAAAGCUGCGCGCAUCGGGUUCCGCCGUGGGCGGAACCCUUUAA